AUGGGUGGUAAAAAAUCAAAAGUUGAUCCAACAGUAUUGACUGAAAAAGAAAUGGCUGUUCUCAAAGCAAAUACUAAUUUAAGUGAGAGUGGUAAAUAUGCAUUUGAUGCAUUUGAUCAAAAUGAUGAUGGAACAAUUGAUUUUACUGAAUUUCUUUUCAGUAUCGCAAUUACAAGCGGAGGUGACCUCGAUACACGACUUACAGCUGCAUUUGAUUUAUACGAUAUUUCGAAUGAUGAACAAGUCGACCAGAAGGAAUUAGUUAAAAUGAUUACAGCUUUGUAUCAACUUCAUGGUAAAGCUAUUGAUGGUGCUCAUGAUAAUCCGAAAACACGUGCUGCUGAAAUUCUUGCUGCACUUGAUAUCAAUAACGACAGAAAACUGAGUAAACAUGAAUUUAUUGCUGGUUUUAUACAUGAUUGUCCAAAUGGUCAAGUUGAUAAGAAAAAAUUUGUUGAAGCUUGUGAACGCUUUGCUCCUGGCAAAAAUGCAGAUAACCUUUGGAAACGUGCAUUGGAUGCAUUUCAAAAGACUAAUCAUGGAACAAUUGUUUUUAAAGAACUUGUUGGAAGCAUUGCAACUACAAAAGAAGUUGAUAUCGAUCAACGACUUUCAGGUUUAUUUGAUAUAUACGAUACUUCGGAAGAUGGACAAAUCGAUCAGAACGAAUUAAUAGGACUGAUUACAGCUCUAUAUAAACUCAGUGGCACAACUGAUCAAAGUAGUAAUAAUAAUCCGAAAACACGCGCUGAUGAAAUUAUUGCUACAUAUGACAUUAAUAACAACAGAAAAUUGAGUAGACAAGAAUUUAUUACAGCGUAUGUUUUGUAA